AUGAGCUCUGCGACGACGGAUCCCAUCUAUACUCCGUUUUUCGGUGUGAUCGGGGCAGUUUCAGCGGUUGUUUUCUGUGGUGAGUGGCUUUUCAGCAACCUUCGAGGUUUUUUAGCGCUGGGUGCUGCUUAUGGCACCGCUAAAGCAGGAGCGGGCAUAUGUUCGAUGGGGGUGAUGAGGCCGGAGUUAAUAAUCAAGUCAAUCAUCCCGGUCGUCAUGGCGGGUAUAGUUGGAAUCUAUGGGCUGGUAGUCGCUGUGCUAAUUGUACAACAGGAUGCAAACAUGAAAAAGAUGGACAAGUCACUAUACCAAUUGGGCGCUGGUCUUAGUGUAGGACUCAGUGGUCUUGGGGCAGGUUUCGCCAUUGGAAUUGUUGGUGAUGCCGGUGUACGCGGUACUGCUCAACAGGCACGGUUAUUCGUCGGUAUGGUGCUUAUUCUCAUCUUCGCCGAAGUCCUCGGCUUGUACGGGUUGAUCGUCGCACUGAUGUUUUCCACAAAGUAA